CACUGCGCCUCUCUCUCUCUCUCUCCUUCGGGGUCAUCGCGAGCAUCUACCAGACUUUUUUCUUUAGCUUUGCGACAUUAUUGCGCACACGCACUGCUCAUCCUCGUCCUCUUCCGCUAGCAAAAAACGGAGCAGAACAGGAGAAAACAAAGCGGCCCCCGUCAAAAACAAGAACCGAGGAGAGACAGGAGAGGCAGAGAGAAGUAGAGAGAGAAAGGUGGGAUUUUGAGGCCUUCUUGGGGGAGUGAACGGAGGUUUCUUGGUGGGUUCUUGGUGAUUUGGGUGGGGUUAGCGAUUAAUCGAGCAGAGAAGGUGAGAGAGAGAGAUAGUAGCAGAAAAGAAAGGCACCAUGAGUGCAGAGACUGCAGAGAGGUUCACUAUAGACUUCGAGGAGACGGAGCUGAGGCUGGGGCUGGGGAGGCCCGCGGGGGUUAGCAGCAACGGCGAGGGCGCGACGCGGAGCGGCGGGAAGCGGGUGUUCUUGGAGACCGUCGAUCUGAAGCUCAACCUCUCUUCGAAGGAAGACGGCGGGAGCGUCGAGAAGAUCAGGGCGUCGGCCCCCGCGGAGAAGAAGAUGAACAGCAGUGACGGUAAGGAGAAGAGCGUCGCUGCUGCUGCUGCUGCUGCGGCUCCUCCUCCUCCUUCAAGCUCCAGCGAGGUGGCAAAGCCCCCUGCCAAGGCGCAAGUGGUGGGUUGGCCACCCGUGCGAUCGUUCCGGAAGAACAUCAUGGCCGUCCAGAAGAGCGGCUCCGACGAGGCCGAGAAGGGUGGCAGCAGUGGCAACAGUGCCGCGACCAGCGGUGCGGCGUUCGUGAAAGUGAGCAUGGACGGUGCGCCGUAUCUGCGCAAGGUCGACCUUAAGCUGUACAAGAGCUAUCAGGACCUCUCUGAUGCCUUGGCCAAGAUGUUCAGCUCUUUCACCAUUGGUAACUGUGGGUCUGGAGGGAUGAAGGACUUCAUGAAUGAGAGCAAGUUGAUAGACCUCUUGAAUGGUUCUGACUAUGUCCCCACUUAUGAGGAUAAGGAUGGGGAUUGGAUGCUUGUGGGAGAUGUGCCUUGGGACAUGUUUGUCGAUUCGUGCAAGCGCCUGAGGAUCAUGAAAGGAUCCGAGGCGAUCGGACUUGCACCUAGAGCAGUAGAGAAGUGCAAGAACAGAAGCUGAAGGACCCCGGCUCCGACGUGUCUAGGUAUGGCAAAGUCCCCCUCGUGCUUGUGAUCGUCACCAAAACGGAGGAAAUCAGACCGGCUCGAGAGGGAUCGAGCGCGGAGUUUGGAUGCUUCUUUUUAUCAAUGCCUUUCUUUCUCUUUUUUUCCUACCCUUAUUCUCUUUUCUUUUCUUUUCCUCUUGAUCUCAAUUAAGUCUGAGAAGAAAGUACUGGAAAAAAAACCUGUUAGGGAAAAGGAAGAAAAAGGACCUGUGAAAUGGGUUAUAUGUUUAUAAGACAUGUUCAUGUGUAACCUCUUUGGUUUUUUUGGUUUCACUGUUGUAGCUGUACUGGUUGUUUUUGUUCCCUCCAUUUUGUAAUGCCAUGUAUUUUGUCCUAAAUGAUGAAAAAUUAUGAGUCUCUGUAUUGUACCUGCCUGUCCAUAUUAUUAUUAUAAUUAUUAUUA